GUGCCACAGCACGUACAAGAUGAACAACAAAUGCAACAGUUUUACAUGGAAGAAUUGUCAAACAAACUGUCGAAGCUACGAAUCGAUCCCCUCCUUCGCAUUAGUUCCGAUAAUCAGGGAUAUCAUAACGAUGUCUUCGUAAUGACGUAUUCGCAGGAGAAUGAGAACGACAAUAAUUACAACGAGUAUCGUCUGCCGCCGAUCUUCCCGUUUCGAUACGAAAGACCGAUGUGCUCCCGUUCUCUAAGUAUAACAGAUGUGACGUAUGAUUCUGGUAACAACAACAACAAUAAUAAUAAUGCGAUUAUUGCUACUGAUUAUGAUGAAAAUGAUUACGACGAUGUGGAUGACGAAAGUCCUAGGAAAGGACUACUGAAGCAGAUAUUUUGCCUUCCAUUAAAUUAAGAUCGUUAUAGGGGUGCGUUUUUAAAAUGAAACGAAAGGAAAUGAUAAAUUAAAGGAAGAGAUAUAUAUUCAAGAACAAUCGAUUAUAUCUAUCGUCAUUUUUCUUUUUUUUUUUUUUUUUUUUAUAGACAACA